AUGAGCAGCGGGCUGAGCUUCCGCGAGGGCAAUGCUGCUAGGACGACCAGUACGGCAUCCUCUACGGCUCUUAACGAACGUACCAAGAAGCAAAUCGCGACGGAGCGCAUUCAAUUCUUCGCGGCGUGUUGGGCCUUGGUUCUCGCUGGAUGGAAUGACGGCACGACGGGGCCUCUGCUGCCUCGGAUCCAGCAGGUGUACAAUCUCAACUACACGGUCGUAUCCAUGCUCUUCGUCUGCUCAUGCGCGGGCUUCGUGACUGGCGCUCUUAUCAACAUCCCAUUGUCAGGGAGGGUUAGCUUUGGCAAGCUCAUGGCCAUUGGCAAGUCAUGCUCCGCCCUUCAGGUUGUGGCGUACUCGAUCCAGGCUCCAGCGCUGGACUUUCCGGUUCUCUGCGUUGGGUAUAUUAUCAACGGGGUUGGGAUUGCUAUACAGGAUGCGCAAGCCAACGGCUACGUCGCCUCCCUGGCCAACAGCUCAGAAACUAAGAUGGGUAUGCUUCAUGCCGCCUAUGGGCUCGGCGCCUUCGUAGCGCCUCUCGUUUCGACGCAGUUCUCGCAGAUGAACCGCUGGUCCUUCCAUUACCUCACAUCUCUGGGCCUCGCGGUCGCCAGCGUCGUCCUUCAGAUUGCCGUCUUCCGCUUCCGGUCGCAUGACGAAUGCUUGACGCGCAUCGGGCAACAGCCUCAGGAGAAGAGCACGAGCACGGACAACAACUUCAAGCAGAUCUUCCGCCAGAAGAACGUGCAUAUUCUCGCCGUCUUCAGCCUCAUCUACGUCGGUGUUGAGGUCACCAUUGGUGGCUGGAUCGUCUCGUAUAUCAUCGACGAGCGCGGUGGUGGUCCGGACUCGGGGUAUAUCUCCUCUGGUUUCUUCGGAGGACUGAUGAUGGGCCGCCUCGUUCUGCUCUGGCUGAACGCGAAGAUCGGCGAGUGGUACGCCAUCUUCCUCUACGCCGUCCUCGCCAUCGCUCUCGAACUCGUCGUCUGGCUCGUCCCCUCCCUUAUUGGCGGCGGCGUCGCCGUCUCCCUCGUCGGCGUCCUCCUCGGUCCCUUCUUUCCCAUCGCCAUGAACCAGGCCGGCCGCAUUCUCCCCGCGUGGCUCCUCACGCCAUCCAUCGGCUGGAUCGCGGGCGUCUCGCAGGCGGGGAGUGCGGUGCUGCCCUUCAUCACGGGAGCGCUGGCCCAGAGCAAGGGCAUUGGGAGCUUGCAGCCUUUCCUGGUGUCGCUGAUGGGCUUCAUGAUGGUGCUGUGGGCGCUUGUGCCGAGAAAGGGGAAGCAUGCGGACUAG